CUGACUCACCUCCAGAUAUGACAGCACAUACAGGCCUAUCGCUUCCCAUCAUGAUGACACAGUAGCACAUUAGAGCAUCUCCCCUACUUUCUGUUUAACAGGAUGAGCUGAGGUUGUUUGAUCUUCACACCUAAGUACCAGCUGACAUCACGCAUGAACAACACCUUUCCUUUCUCAGCUAAUGCUCGGCUUGUUGAUUCGGCCGAUGUGACGCGGCCCGUGUCUAAUGGGUUGAGAGUAACAGGUGGACUUCACAGAGUGGUAAAAAUUGGCCCACCUGAGCAGAUCCAUCCUCCUCCCCUUGUUACAGUAUAUAAGUUCACAAAGUAAGUGAGGGGAGUAAGAGGUGGACACCAGACACAAGAAGAGGGACUAACAGCAACGUUCUCUGGAAAGAAAGAAGAAAAGCUGAGGUUAUAACCAUGAAAAGCAUCCACUCUCUGGCUGGUAUCCUUCUGGUCCUCUGCUUUGUCAAGAGCAGCUGGCAGGUUCCUCUGAAGGAGGCUGAAAACAGCUCAAGUUUCCAAGCAGACGACACGUUAGGAGAAGAGCCGAUGGAGCUGUCGGACAUGAAGAGACACUCGGAGGGGACUUUCUCCAACGACUACAGCAAAUACCUGGAGGACAGGAAGGCGCAGGACUUUGUGCGAUGGCUGAUGAGCAACAAGAGGAGCAGUGCUGCAGAAAAGCGCCACGCCGACGGGACCUUCACCAGCGACGUCAGCUCCUACCUCAAGGACCAAGCCAUCAAAGAUUUUGUCGCUCGACUCAAGUCUGGACAAGUCAGAAGAGAAUCUGAAACUGAAAGGCAGGGUGAAGCGCUCAGCAGGAGGCACGUGGAUGGAAGCUUCACCAGCGACGUGAACAAGGUGCUGGACUCCAUGGCGGCCAAGGAAUAUUUGCUCUGGGUCAUGACCUCCAAGCCUUCAGGGGAGAGUAAGAAGAGACAAGAGGACCAGUGAGACCAUCGUCAGAGACUCCCCGCCACAUUCAGGAGGAAUAGAAAGCCAUUCUUACUUUGCAUGUUGUAAUGUCACAUCAUAUUUGAAUUUGUAAGACUUUUUUACUCGCCGAAUGUAAAAAGCAAAAGGUACAAAGACGACUACUCUUCCACACUUCUUACGGUGCACCAGAAUGAAUUCGAGGGCGUAUUUUUCUACAAAUUUAACUUAUUUUCUAUAUUUUUAUGUUGAAAACAAGAACACACAAAGUGAAC